CAGUCCCUCUUCUGCUGCCUUUGCCGUGAUGAUGGGGAGCCCUGCGCCGGCACCCCUGGCACCCCACUGCUGGUGGAGGAGAACGGGGCGCUGCCCAAGGUAUCCCCUGCACCCCAGUCUGGCACUGCUGCCUACCCCCAGUGCUUCCCCGGUGCCAGGAUGUGGGGUGAAAUGGACUCCCCCACUCUGGGUGGGCAGGAGGGUACGGGGUGCCUCUCACCACCCACUGACCCCAAACCGGUGAACAACGCCGACUUCAUCAUCCCGGUGGAAAUCGAUGGCAUUAUGCACCAGGUGUAUGUGCUCAAGCGGCCACAUGUGGACGAGUUCCUGCAGCGCAUGGGUGAGCUCUUCGAGUGUGUGCUCUUCACUGCCAGCCUGGCCAAGUACGCGGACCCUGUGGCCGACCUGCUGGAUAAAUGGGGGGCUUUCCGAGCACGGCUUUUCCGGGAAUCCUGUGUCUUCCAUCGGGGCAACUACGUGAAGGACCUGAGCCGCCUGGGCCGCGACCUGCGCCGCAUCAUCAUUGUAGACAACUCACCCGCAUCCUACAUCUUCCACCCCGAUAACGCCGUACGUACCACCAGG